AGCUACUUGGCAUCAGAAGAUGGUUGCCAGCCAGGAGAGAGAGACCUGGCUCCCAAGGGCGCAAACAUGUCGUCGACUUCUAAUUCAGCAAAUUGCCCUAAGAAAUCUGACCAAAUCGAAAACUUCACCGAGUCACUACUGCACCAACCGUGUGACUCUUCUACUACUGUUACAAAAACUACUACAUCUUGUCCUCCUCCUGCAGGAGGUAUGAAGACAAGCAGCGAUGGCAAAGGGGGUCAAUUGCUAUCUAAUCAUGGCCGAGGGAGUGGCAACACCAGUCGAAGUGACAGCUUAGAAAGUUCUACUAGUGCACCCUUGAAGCCCCAUACUGGCGGUGACAUUCGAUGGGAUGCUAUUAAUUCAAUUUCUUCAAAAGGCUCCGCUCUCGGGCUCAAUCAUUUUCGGCUGUUAAAACGACUUGGGUAUGGAGACAUUGGAAGUGUCUAUCUUGUUGAACUCCGACGGACUAACACCUUCUUUGCUAUGAAGGUUAUGGACAAAGGGUCUCUCGCAAGUAGAAAUAAAUUAAUCAGAGCUCAAACAGAAAGGGAGAUUCUUGGUCUACUUGACCACCCAUUCUUACCCACCUUAUAUUCUUACUUUGAGACUGAGAAAUUCUAUUGCUUGGUCAUGGAGUUCUGCAGUGGAGGUAACCUUCACACUCUCAGGCAGAAGCAGCCCAACAAGUAUUUUAGCGAGGAGGCUUCCAGGUUCUAUGCAUCAGAGGUGCUGCUGGCACUUGAAUAUCUGCAUAUGCUAGGAAUCGUUUAUAGGGAUCUAAAACCAGAAAAUGUAUUAGUCAGAGAUGAGGGUCACAUUAUGCUGUCUGAUUUUGACCUUUCACUUCGUUGCUCUGUGAAUCCCACUCUGGUGAAGUCGUCAUCUGUGCAUGCUGCAAACGGCGGUAGUGCCAGUAGUAGUGGCGGUGGCAUUUUGGAUGAUGAGAAUGCUGUGCAGGGGUGUAUACAGCCAUCCACUUUUUUCCCACGCAUCCUUCCCAGCAAAAAGAACCGCAAGUCCAAAUCCGAUUUUGGGCUAUUUGUUGGGGGAGCACUUCCUGAAUUUAUGGCUGAGCCAACCAACGUACGCUCAAUGUCCUUUGUUGGCACUCACGAAUACUUAGCUCCAGAGAUCAUCCGCGGAGAGGGUCAUGGGAGUGCAGUGGACUGGUGGACGUUUGGGAUAUUUUUGUACGAGCUUUUACAUGGGACUACUCCUUUUAAGGGAUCUGGAAAUCGUGCCACUCUAUUCAACGUAGUUGGACAACCUUUAAGAUUUCCAGAAAGUCCACAAGUAAGUUUUGUGGCGCGAGAUCUUAUAAGGGGGCUCUUGGUGAAGGAGCCACACAAGAGAAUUGCAUACAAGAGAGGUGCUACAGAAAUAAAACAACAUCCCUUUUUUGAGGGUGUGAAUUGGGCUUUAGUAAGAAGCGCCCUUCCUCCCUACGUACCCGAACCGGUAGACUUCUCACAAUUUGCUACCAAGGAGACAACUCAUUCCACAGACAAGAAGAUGGCUGAAAUCGGAAGCGAUACAGACAUUAAUACUUCUAGUACCACCGAUUCUUCUUCAUAUAUUGAUUUCGAGUACUUUUAAUUAUCAAGUCAUCGAAUCUCCAAUAAUUUAAUUACAACCUACUGCAUGCAAGACAAAUAAUUAAUUUGGUUUUGUAAAAAGUGAUCAAGAGGCCAUCCAGCUAUAUAUACAUACAUACAUACAUUUUACUUUCGUUAUUUUAAUUUUAAUUCUUCCCCUCCGAGGGAGUUGUGUGAAACAGUAAAUUUAUAAUGGGAAAUACAUA